AUAAACCAAAAAAGAAAAAGGCAGAAAAUAAAAGAAGAGAGAAUAGAGAGGAAGCGAAAGAGAGAUAUAUAUCCCACAAUCCGCCAAAAAGCUACGUCGCAUUUCCUGCUCCGUCAUUUUUCUAUUCUCUCAAACUGAAAAAAAAAAAACUGUGGAAGUUUCAAUCUAUGGAGAGAGAUGAAGGCAAUCUACAGUAAAAUCUCGUCGCUGUUCAUUUUUCUUUAAAAAUUUAUCUGAUCGAUGUUCAUUACCUGUAAAAAGAAAAAAAAGGCGCGGAUAAUUUAUCAUUGUGGAAGCUGUUUUCUUAUCUAUACGAUCGAUUGACAGCUUGCAUUUAUGAAAUGGAGAUUGCUUCGAAUCAAUGAAGUGUUUCGAUUUUGUUGUAAAUCUGAGUGCCAGAUCGGCUCGUUGACGCAUUGAGUUCGCUUUUAUUUCAUUUCUUGAGGUGGAAUCUGUUAAAUUUCUUCGCUCUUUUUUCUGGGGGGAAAGCAAUGAGCAACGGCGGUGCCAAAGCAGCUGUGGCUUCGGUGGGAGCACCACAACCGCUGGACUGGAAGUUCUCGCAGGUGUUUGGAGAACGGACGGCCGGAGAGGAAGUACAGGAAGUUGAUAUCAUAUCUGCUAUUGAAUUUGAUAGAACUGGUGAUCACCUUGCCACUGGAGAUCGCGGGGGUCGGGUGGUUUUGUUUGAAAGGACUGACACUCGAGAUUAUGCUGGACGUCGGAGAGAUCUGGAGAAGAUGAAUUAUCCAAUGAAUAGGCACCCUGAGUUUCGAUAUAAAACUGAGUUUCAGAGCCAUGAACCUGAGUUUGACUAUCUCAAGAGCUUGGAAAUUGAGGAGAAGAUCAACAAAAUUAGGUGGUGCCAGUCAGCUAAUGGUGCUCUAUUUCUUUUGUCUACAAAUGACAAAACAAUAAAGUUCUGGAAGGUACAAGAGAAGAAGGUCAAAAAAGUAUGUGACAUGAAUGUGGACUCCAGCAAAGCCAUGGGAAAUGGUCCUAUUGUUGAUUCAAGUAUAUCAACAAGCUCCAAACAAUUCAUUGAGAAUGGAGGAUGCAUAAGAAAUGACUUUUCAUUCCCAACUGGGGGUUUCCCAUCUUUGCGUUUGCCAGUGGUAACCAGUCUUGAGACGAAUCUUAUGGCUAGAUGUCGAAGGAUAUAUGCUCAUGCCCAUGACUAUCAUAUUAAUUCCAUUUCCAGCAACAGUGAUGGUGAAACUUUUAUUUCGGCUGAUGAUCUGCGAAUUAAUCUCUGGAACAUGGAAAUUAGCGACCAAAGUUUUAACAUUGUCGAUGUGAAACCUGCAAACAUGGAGGAUUUGACUGAGGUGAUAACUUCAGCAGAAUUUCAUCCUAAGCACUGUAAUAUGUUAGCUUAUAGUAGUUCGAAGGGUUCAAUUCGUCUUAUUGAUAUGCGACAGUCUGCACUAUGUGAUACUCACAGCAAAUUGUUUGAGGAACAAGAUGCUCCCGGCACCAUGUCUUUUUUCACAGAGAUCAUAGCAUCAAUCUCAGACAUUAAGUUUGCUAAGGAUGGGAGACAUAUUCUAAGUCGUGACUACAUGAACCUUAAGUUGUGGGACAUAAAUAUGGAUUCUGGUCCAGUUGCUACUUUCCAGGUUCAUGAACAUCUUAGACCUAAGCUUUGUGAUCUCUAUGAAAAUGAUUCCAUCUUUGACAAAUUUGAGUGUUGUCUUAGUGGAGAUGGACUUCGAGUGGCUACUGGUUCAUAUAGCAAUCUGUUCCGGGUAUUUGGUUGUUCUGAAGGUAGUACAGAAGCAACAACACUGGAAGCCAGCAAAAACCCCACGAGGAGACAAGGACAGACUUCAUCAAGGCCUUGCAGAUCCCUUGGUAGUCUCUCUGGUGUUGUCAGACGAGUGAAAGGAGCAGAUAACUUGGGAGUCGAUGCUAAUGGAAACACUUCUGAUUUCACAACAAAGUUGCUACACCUAGCAUGGCAUCCGACUGAAAACUCUAUUGCUUGUGCUGCAUCAAACAGUCUUUACAUGUAUUAUGCAUGAAGCUGACCCAACAAAGCUCGAGAUUAUUUUGCUAGAGAUAUCGCUACAAAUUCUUCCCUAAUUAAUUAUGGGGAAGAAGCUGCAGCCGAUGUUAUCAGACAAUCUUGGUGAUUCAUGGAAAUUCCCGAUCAUGUCUUUCACACCAGAGUUCAAUGUAGCUGUUGUUGAUCUGUUGCCCACUGAUUUAAAUAUUCUUUGUAGGGUUAGACACAGUGUAUAUCCCUACUAUGUUUUGUUUAGGUGGAAGAAAAUGAGCACUUCUCCGCAACUUCUGAACUGAAGUCUGAAUCAAAAGCUUCUCUAGCUGGGGCUGCAAUGCAACGUUGCCUUGCUGGGUUUGAGAGACUCAUGGUGUCUUUAACCCCCAACAUCAAAGGAAAAAGAAAAGAAGCUAUAUAUAUAGAUAUAUAUACACAUAUAUAUAUACUGUUGGAUCAAUUCGCAUUGAUAUUAUUAUGUGCUUAAAAUCCUGUACCAUUUUAACUUUAAUUUUUCUUUUUUAGAAUUUUUCAUAA